AUGCAUGUGUUACGUCGUACUCAACUAUUCUGGCGAAGAGUGGGUUCAAAGGAAUGUGAACGAUUUGCUGGGCGCUCAUACGCCUCCAUAAAACGGCGAAGUGUGCUUCGGCAGGAUGUAUCCCAAAUGCCAGUGAACCGAUUUCCUAUGGCCAAGCCCAACGAUACACGAGUAUAUGUGUGGGGUCUGGCUGCAACGGGGGCCCUCGGUAUACAGACGUCGGUGAAGAAGCAGGCCAAAAUAUUUACCGAUUUUGUUCAGCAUCCUAGCAGGCUCAGCUUUGCCGAGGCUCACUCAGUCACAGACGUAGCAACGGGCUACGGAUUCACGAUAUACGUCGUGAAAUCUCUCGAAGGCACAGCACUAUGGGGUACCGGCAUUAACACCGAUGGACAAUUGAGCUUUCAAAAAGCUACCGGAACGCACAAGAAACCGAUCGAGUUAGUUAUCUAUCCUGCUCCAAUCGAUCUUGCCGGCGCUAAGACGAACCAGGAAGACAUUGUUCAAGUGGCCGCCGGGAGAGCUCACCUUCUAGCACUAACUAAUAGCGGCAAAGUGCUCGCGCUGGGUAAUAAUGCUUAUGGGCAAUGCGGUCGGCGAAUCGUUCACGGUGAAGACUACUUUUCGAACCCCGUGGUAAAUACUGUCACCGUUGAUGAGCCUGUGCAGGGCGUAGAAUGUGGCCAGGAUCAUAGCCUGCUGCUUACCGAAUCGGGAAGGAUAUUUUCCUUUGGAUGGAGUGAUGAUGGACAAGCAGGCCAGGGUAGAUAUGGAUUGAUCGAUGUUCCCGGCCCGGCCGAGGGAGACAUUAAAGGUGAAAAGAUCGUGAAAUGUUCAAGCAGUUGCGAUACGAUUCUGGCGAUAAAUGAUAAGGGCGAACUAUUUGGAUGGGGAAACUCGGAGUACGGUCAACUUGGGGACGUUUCCCAGGAUAGUCCACAAAUCAAUUCACCGCGCCACUUGUCUUUCGCACGGGAAUGCGGCAAAAUUGUCGACAUAGCAGCCGCUGGCUCGUAUUGUCUCAUUUUGAAUGAUCAAGGCGACGUGUUUUGCUGGGGCUACGGCAUACUUGGCUUAGGGCCGGAGGUACAGCAUCGGCCCAUUCCUACUCGAAUUUCUUCCGCAUUGUUCGGUCGGAACGAGUUCAAUCCAAACUCACGAGUGGUUGCGAUCGCUUGCGGAAUCACUCAUUCGGCAGCGGUAAACGAUCAACAGGAUUUGUACAUGUGGGGACAUAAUCGAUACGCCUGUCUAGGACUUGGCCACAAAAACGAUCAAUUCUUCCCACUUAAGGUAGCCCUCAAUGCGCGAGUUCAUAAGGUCGCAUGCGGGAUCGACCAUACAGUGGCACUUUGUACGGCUUUUGUAUGA